AUGGGCGGAGAUUUUGAUGACGCUCGAUACACGACGUCGUCGUUCCUGUCGUGCAUUCCCGCGAGGGUGACGUGGGAGCCAUGGACCAAGUCGUACUGCGUUACGUACCAUGCGGCGUGCAAGACGCGCGAGUGGAUGGCCACGUACACGGUCCACGAGGUAGGGACCGGCGACCCGGCCAGGUGGACCCAGCCGACGCCGCCGCCCAACUUCGUCGUCACCACGGUCCGCUGCGAUGUCUGCGACCAGAAGACGCAGACCAUCACCGCGCCCAACGCCCUGGGCACCGCCAGGGUCCGCAUCGAGGGCAACGGUGUCACGGCCACCGUGCCUGGUGUCCGCUACAUGGACGCCCCGGGCUACUCGGACGCUCAUCUGGGCUCCGCCGGUGAUGACUAUGAUAACGGCGGACAUGGCGAGGACGGAGGCAACAGUCCCAGUGGGGAUUCUCAGGGCCUUGGGUUCGGCGACCGUUUCGGCUACGAGGAUCAUGGAGAAUACAACGCAAUGGCUGACCCUAAUGGCGGUUCGGGCGCUCCCCAGUCUGGCGGUGUUUCAUCUGGGCAGAAUGCUGCUACUGUCUCUGAACACGAAGGUGCUUUCUCAUCAAGCGAUGGCGGUGCCUCUCAACCCGACGGUAGCUCCUCCCCCGCUCCGGGGCAGGAUGGCGCUACUUCUCAUCAGCUCAACGUUGCCACCAAGCCCCAAGCCAACGGCGCCGCCCAGUCCCUGCCUAACACUGCUGCAGUGCACGACCUCAGCUCCGGCUCCGGCGGCUCCAACUACUACCCAAACGACCCCAAGAACGACCACAAGGGCUGGCCCCAUUCCGACUUCGCCGGUAACGACAACAACAAGAGCCCCACCUCGGGAGGCGGCCAGAAGACUGGGCCGGGGUCGCACGCGGGCACGCCGUCGGCGACGGGCACGGCCAAGCAGCCCGUCGUCACGGCGGGCGCCUCGCGAGCUCUGAAGCUGAAGAUGGGCUUCAUGAUGUUUAUGGGUUUCGGCGCCAUAGCGGCCAACCUUGUGCUGGCUUAG